AUGCUCAGAGGACUGGCCAGAUGGGGGGCCCAGGAGAUAUCGGGAAACCCUGCCCUGGACGAGCGGUACCCGAUGAUUCUAAUUAACGGACUACCUUUUGUCGGCAAGUCGACCGUCGCCCGAGAGCUGGCAUAUCUUCUGGACGAUGGUAACCGACCUGGUCUCGUCACGACACUGCGAGAAGCGGCGUUCAACUUUUUUGGGGACCCAUCUCCCCGGCCCUCCAAAGACCGAGCCAGCGCGAGCGCCCACAAGCGUGACAAGCACCACCGACCCAUCGAGGUCUUCGCGGACGGUCGUGCCAUCGUCAUCGAUGUCGAGCACCUGAGCUUGCUUCUUCAUGCUGAAAAUGGGGAGCAUGGGCAGCAACCUGGCGGUGGACAUACCAGUCAAUCAAGCAAGCCAGAUGCGCAAACGGCGAGUUCCGUGGCCAGAUAUUGCUCGUCGCUCUCCACACUGACGCGCAAGAAGCCCAGCAGCGAAGCUGCAGACCGCCUUGACCGCGGCCGCCGUUCGGCUCUGGAAGAGGGCUUGCUCCACGAGAAGCGCAGCGCGAGCGCGGUCAUUUUCACAGAGUACCUCCCAAAGUACAAUGGCGAGAGCGGAGAAUUUGCGGCAAAAAGCUACCGGACGGCAGCGGACGUGUUUGACCGGCGACUCAUCCCCGUCUACCUAACAUGCAGUGAAGCGGAGCACCAGCGACGGUUCGAGUGCCGGCAGCGGGAGGAGCACCAAUACGUCCAAGCAGCUCGGGCCCGCGGUGUGGCGUUUUCCGAGAACCAGAUCGCAGCCAUGGCGCCCGCGGGACUUCAGCAGGCUGCCCAUGCCCUGAAGAAGCUGCACUGCGGCGAGGAGGACGUGUACUAUUUUUCGAAACCGGCCCACUUUGUGAACCAACAGUUCCAGCUCGGCCCGCCUCCGGUCUUUGGCGAGCCCACUGCGCCUGAGGCAUACCAGGGCGUCCGCAUCGACUCAACGGGGCUGACAGCCCUGGAGACGGCCAUGGUGAUCCGCGAUUUCAUCCACGAUGUGCAGCGUGGCGAGCCGGUGACCACGAAGCUGCUAUGGCCGCCCACGCAGAAGGAGCGUGAAAGGAAAUACCUCGAGGAGCUCGAGUCGUGGGUGGUGGUGUCCAGAAACGAAGAGACAAACAGAGGAGUCGAGGCGUCCUAG